AAAACAGAAAAAAAAAUCAAAUGUCAAUGUGUGUCAGAAAAAAUGCCAAGCCAAUGAAUGAAUGAAUGCCGAUGUCGAAAACCGGGAAGCGUGUGUAAUGGUCUCUGUUAUACUUGUACUGGCGCGAAAAUAGCUGAUAACAUAUAAUCCAGGCGUUUUUUUACUAAAAUCAUAAUGGCUGGAGUUAAAUCUUUGGCUGUGAGAGGCAUACGAAGUUUUGGCCCUGAAGAAGUGGACGAACAAAAAAUAACAUUUGAGAAGCCUCUUACUCUGAUAUUAGGACAAAACGGUUGUGGCAAAACUACUAUCAUUGAAUGUUUACGCUACGCAAUCACAGGGCAGAUGCCUCCUGGAAGCCGAAACGAAUGUUUUGUUCAUGAUGCAAAAGUCAAUAGAUCUACUGAAGUUAUGGCUCAAGUAAGGUUGAAGAUUGUUAAUGCAAAAGACAAACAACUGGAAGUUUCAAGAUCGAUGAAAGUCACUGCACAACACAAGAAAAAAACCAAGUUUCAAACAUUAGAUUCAUUCUUAUCAGUAAUUGAUGAAUCUGGGAAGACCAAGGAUAUCUCUUCAAGAUGUGCUGACUUGGAUUUUGUUAUGUUUGAAGAAUUAGGUGUUUCUAAAGCCAUCUUAAAUUCAGUUAUAUUUUGUCAUCAAGAAGAUUCUAGUUGGCCCCUGGAUGAGGGGAAAAAGGUUAAAGAACGUUUUGAUGAAAUAUUUGAAGCAGACCGUUAUAGCAAUUGCUUUGAUCGUCUCAAAAAAAUUAGAAAAGAUUAUACGCAGUCACUAAAAAUACUUGAAAUCGAAGUAGCCAGUCUUUUAGAUAAGAAGAAAGAUUUAGACAAAAAGAAAUUAGAAGUUGUUAAUACUGAAACUCGUAUAUCAGAAAAUGAGUUGAAAAUUGCUGAAUUGAGCCAAGAACUGAAACCAAUAUCUGAAAAGUUGAAUGCCAUAGUAAAUUUGGAGAAAAACAUUAUAGAAUUUGAAUCAAACAAGAAAAACAUUGAAAAUAUGUUAGUUAAUAAUCGCAAACAACAAGAAGAACUAAAAAAAGCCAUCGAAACUAUCUUUGAAGGAACAACUGAAGAAUUAGAAGAGAAAAUACGUAACUAUGAUACUACCACAAAACAAAAGCAAAAGGAACUUGCUGAAUCAUAUCAAAAAAAUAAAAGCUUUAAUAAUGAAGAACAGAAAAUUGCUGAUGAAAAAGUAAAUGACGAAACAACUUUCAAUAAAUAUAUUUUGUUGGAAAGUCAGAAUCAGGAAAAAUUUGAUAAAAAAAUCAAAAUGAUAAUAGAAACUGCUAAAUUAGCAGAAAUAGAAGAAGACAUUCAAAUUGAAUCAAACGAAGAUGCUGAGAAAGGCAUUGAAAAAAUUGUUGAAAAAUUAAAUAGCCUAAAGAAGGAUCUUGCAGAACAUAAAGCUAUCGCUGAUGCAGAGGAAAAGAAAGUGCAAGUUUUUGUUGAUGAAAGUCGCGAUGCUCUUUCUAGACAUAAACAAAAAAUAUCUAAUAAAGAAACAGAGAUUAAAAAAAAUGAAACUAACAUCCAAAAAGUAGAUAAAGAAAUAGCUCAAGCAAAUAAGUCUAAAACAGAUCUAGAAAAUAUAGAAAAAAAGUACGAAGCAGCAGAAGAAGAAUAUAAAGUUCUAGAAAAUGAACUGAAUACUGAAGAAUUUCAACAGGAGAUAAAUAACGAUGAAAAAGUAUUGGAAAGUCAUGAGCAUGAUCUCGAUGAACUCGAUAAAAUCAUAACAAAUCUUCAGAAGCAGAGUUCACAACUAAAAGAAUGUGAAAUGAUUGAAGAAUCCCUGAAACAAAAAGAAAAACAAGCAACUGUCCUAAAAAAUAAACAUAAAUCUGCUAUAACAGAUCUACUUGGCAACAUGCCUGAAAAAGACUUUGCAAUCUCUAUCAACAAGUAUGAAUGUGAAAUUCGAGCUGAAGUUGAAUCUAUGAAACAACGACAAAAAGAAAAACACAUAAAGCAAACAAAAUUAGAAACUGAGAGAAAGCAUGUUCGGGAGACACUUAAUCAAAAGAGGAGUGAAUUAACUAAAGCUGAAGAUAAAAUGUAUAAAGCUUGUGGAACACAGUCCUAUGACUCCAGCUUAUCGAAAAUCACUGCAAAUGUUGAGAAGUUACAGGAUGAGCAAAAUGUAUUGCAAUCGUCUAUGUUCAUAAUUGGUAAAUAUAAAGGACAAUUGAAAGAUAACAAUUGUUGUCCUUUGUGUAACCGUGGAUUUGACAAUGAAUCUGAGGUAACUGAUUUGAUUUCACAAUUGACAACCCAAGUUAUGAAUGUACCAGCAAAACUAGAGAAAGUUACAGAGGAUCUACAAAAAGCUUCUGCUAAAAAAGAUGAAUUACUCACUAUGAAAUCUGUAAAUGAAAAGAUAAAAACACUGAAAGAGGAAGACAUACCACCGCUGGAAACACGUUUGAGUGAUCUUGAGAAGCAAAUAACAACAUUGUCUGAGGAACAUGAAGAAUUGGCGAUGUCUCUUAUCGAACCGGAACAAAAACUGCAAACGGCGAAACAAAUUCAAGGCGACAUGCCACUGCUUGAUCGCACCGCUCAAGAAAUAUCUACUAUUUCUAAGAAACUGGAAAAAGCAAAAGCUCAAUGCACAGUAGUGGAAACUGAUAUGACUUUGGAUGAUGCAAUUGCAAAACAAAAAGACCUGAAACAAAAAAUCUCUACCUUGAGGUCAAGGAUAAAAAGCUCCCAGAAGAAAUUGAACGCUCACAAUAAAAAAUUACAAACAAUGGCAGACAAAAAGAACAAAAUGAAGGAACAACUUCUAAAUAUACAGAAAAAGGUGCAAGAAAUAUUUUCUCUGCAAGAAAAGAAAAAACAGAUGGAGGCAGAUGGUGAAAAAUUCGUUGUAGAGCUGAAGGAACUACAAGAAGGCAUUCCCGCUUUAGAAGAAAAUCUCAAAGAAAAGGAAAAGGACAAAAAAGAAACCGUUUCGAAGUACAGAGGUAUUACAGACACUAAAAAUAGCCACAUUUCCAAAGUGGCCAGUUCAUUUGACAAAGUUAAAGCAAUCAGUACGGAAAUAAAACAACACAAAGAGAAAAACAUACCUGCAAAAAUGGCAAAAAUUAAAGAAGAUAAUGAGAAGCGAAUGGAACAGCUUAAGAAGAUUAUGACCGACAGAGCUGCGCUUACAAAGAGAAUCGACACAAUCAAGGAUGAAAUUGCUAAACAAGGGACUUACAAAAGAGAUUUGGGGGACAAUUUGAAGUUGAAAAAAAUAGAAAUAGAAAUUGAAAAGUUACUAAAGGAGGAGGAAACGAACAAUGAAAAAAUGAAUGGUGUCAACAAAGAUAUGAUUUCGGAAAAACCAGCUUUAAUCACUUUACAAACUAAGAAAUUCAGAGAGAAAGCUAAUAUAGAGGGGAGUUUAAGCGAAUUGCAAGAUAGAUUGAAACAAUGUAGAUUUGAAUUGAAAAAAACUAAUAAGGAUAUAGAAAAUAAAUAUAGAGAAAAGUUUUAUGAGCUGAAUGCAACUAAAGCCAUAGAUAAGGAUAUCAGAGAUUAUUCUGUAGCAUUAGAAAAGUGUGUAAUGGAAUUCCAUAGAGAAAAAAUGGAGAGCAUCAAUCUAAUAAUCAGAGAACUAUGGAGAAAGAUAUACAGAGGAAAUGAUAUUGAUUACAUUGAAAUAAAGACUGAAGGAGGAAUGACGUCAGACUCGGAUCGUCGCAAAUACGAUUACAGAGUCGUUCAAUGUAAGAAUGGAGUGGAAAUAGACAUGAGAGGAAGAUGCAGCGCUGGUCAAAAAGUGUUAGCUUGCCUUAUAAUUCGUUUGGCUCUUGCUGAAACAUUCAGCUCCAGGUUUGGAAUAUUAGCUCUAGACGAGCCUACAACUAACUUGGAUCAAGACAACAUUAGGAGUCUGUGUUCGGCAUUAGGGGAAAUAGUGCAGGAGCGAAUGACGCAGAAAAACUUUAUGUUCAUCAUUAUAACCCACGACAAGGAGUUUAUCGAGUCUCUUGGCAACAUUGAUAAAGUAAGCCACUAUUACGAAGUAUCAAGAAACGAAGACGGCAAAUCUAGAGUUAAGAGGAUCCGUUUCACAUAAAUGGUAUUUUCCAACUAAACCGCAUUCCUUAAUUAAAUGCUAUAUUAAUAGAUUUUAAGAAGGCUGUGCCUUACAAAUUUAUCUUAAUCAUUACAUUUUGUAAGAACAUAAUUAAUAAACAUUUUUAUCAAUAUAAUAAUAGUUUAUUUUUAUUAAGGAAAUAAGAAGUGCUGCUUGAUUUAAUUUAAAUCAUUUAUUAACUAUUAACAAGACUUAUUAUGCCACUUAGUGGUUCACAAAUGGCUAUUUGGUCAAUGUGAAGGAUUUUACUUUCUUGGAGAACAGUAAGUGUAACUCCCAAUAGUUCUGCAAUAUGUGUAGACGGGAAUGAUUGAGACAAACAUUUGGUGAUAUGAGGAAUUAAGUCUUCACUGAAACUAACGCAAAACAGCACGAAAUUUUGCCUUUCAAUAUCAGUAAACCCCUGUUGCUCUUUGUGGUAAAAUGUUUGUAGUACUUGAACUGACUUUUCAAACGAUUUUCUAAAUGCAUUAUAUACUUCUUUAACAAUGUUAAGCGGGGCUGUAACUCUUAGAGAAUUUAGCACUGUAAGCAUUCCAUUACAAUAUUCUGCUAGAGGAUAGUAAUCCAGUAAGUUUUCGGGAGGCCCCUGAGCCAUGUUUUCGUUAACUGGCCUGGGCACAUUCUUGAUGCUGGAUACUUUAUAUGAUCGCAUUUGGUUAUCGAAGUGAUUGUCAGCCUUUUCUAGGCCAUUGUGAAAUUGGGUAAGUAUGAUAUUUCUAAACAACGGCGUCAAAACAGCCCUCAUAUCAGCUCCAACUCUUCCGAAUGACAAGCAAAGAUACAUGCAUUGGUUCAAUAGUGAUUCAAAGCUUGAUUCAUCCUCACGCAUCAAAUUUUGGUUCAACAUUUGCGCCAACAUUUCUACCUACAAAAAAUUGUUAAAUAAAUCAGUACAGAGCCAGUAGAAAUAAAGUGUUAAUUUUGAUUCGUCAUGAUAAUAUGCUAGACUAGGG